AUGGAGUCUUCACGCGGUCCCCCCCGUGUUAAGAACAAGGGAGCUGCGCCCAUCCAGAUCAGCGCGGAGCAGCUCCUGCGCGAGGCCGUCGACAGGCAGGAGGGCGGCCUCGACAAGCCCGAGCAGCGCUUCGCGGAUCUCGAGGAGCUCAAGGAGUUCCAGGGCCGCAAGCGCCGCGAGUAUGAGGACUACAUCCGCCGCAACAGCCAGUCGCUCAAGAACUGGACCCAGUACACCGACUUUGAGAUCCAGUACAAGGAGUUUGCCCGCGCGCGAUCCGUCUUCGAACGUGCCCUGGAUGUGCUCCCGACCAACCCGGCGCUGUGGAUGCGGUACAUUGAUUUCGAGAUCAAGGAGCGCAACAUCCAACAUGCGCGGAACCUGCUUGAUCGCGCGGUCACUUUGUUGCCCCGCGUGGACAAGAUGUGGUACAAGUAUGUCUUCGUCCAGGAAGGUCUGGGCGACAUACCUGGAUGCCGGCAGGUAUUCGAGAGGUGGAUGACAUGGCAGCCCGAUGAGCGGGCUUGGAGCGCCUACAUCCACUUUGAGAGGCGAUACCAGGAGUUUGACAACGCGCGGAACAUCCUCCAGCGAUUUGUUCUAGUUCAUCCCGAGCCGCGAAAUUUCCUGAAAUGGGCCAAAUUCGAAGAGGAGUUCGGGACAAGUGACAUGGUUCGGGAGGUCUUCCAGACAGCAAUCGAGUCACUAGGUGACGAGUUCGUGGAUGAGCGAUUAUUCAUUGCCUUUGCGAGGUACGAGGCAAAACUCAAGGAGUAUGACCGGGCAAGGGCUAUCUUCAAGUUCGCGCUGGACAACCUCCCGCGAUCAAGAUCUAUGAAGCUGCACGCUGAGUACACUGUGUUCGAGAAGCAAUUUGGCGACCGGGACGGCGUUGAGGAUGUUAUCCUUUCGAAGAGAAGACGGCUUUACGAGGAGCAGGUCAAGGAAAACGCCAAGAACUACGACACAUGGAUCGACUAUGCAAAUCUGGAACAGACGUCUGGCAAUGUUGAGCGGGUGCGGGAAGUCUACGAAAAGGCAGUCGCCCAGGUUCCACCGGCACAGGAGAAGCGACUUUGGAGGCGGUACAUCUAUCUGUGGAUUUUCUACGCCAUAUACGAAGAGAUGGAGGCCAAAGAUAUCGAGCGCGCACGACAGGUCUACGACGCAUGCUUGAACCUGAUCCCGCACAAGAAGUUCACUUUUGCCAAGGUAUGGCUGCUCAAAGCCCAGUUCGAGAUCCGCCAGGGCAACCUCACGCUGGCGCGCAAGACGCUUGGUCGGGCAAUCGGGAUGUGCCCCAAGGACUCGCUAUUCAAGGGGUACGUGGCGCUGGAGCAGAAGCUCUACGAGUUCACGCGGUGCCGGACGCUGUACGAGAAACACGUGUCAUACAAUCCGUCCAACUGCCAGACGUGGAUCGACUGGGCGCAGCUCGAGCGGGCACUGGGCGACCUGGAACGGGCGCGGGCCAUCUUCGAGCUGGGCAUCGACCAGCCGGUCCUGGACAUGCCGGAGAUGGUGUGGAAGAAGUACAUCGACUUUGAGGAGGAGGAAGGCGAGUUCGAGCGGGCGCGGGCUCUGUACGAGCGGCUGCUCGAGAAGGCGGACCACCCCAAGGUCUGGAUCAGCUACGCGCAGUUCGAGCUCGGGGCCCCUGACGGGGGCGAGGCGGCAGCGGACGAGGAGGAUCAGGGCGUAUCCGAGGAGGCCAAGGGUCGCACGCGCGAGGUGUUCGAGCGGGCGCUCAAGGGCAUGCGGGAGCGGAAGGCGGAGCGGGUGACGCUGCUCAACGCGUGGCUUGCGUUCGAGAGGGAGCAGGGCUCGGCGGAGGAUGUGGCCAAGGUGGAGAAGCAGAUGCCGCGCAAGGUCAGGAAGACGAGGAAGAAUGAGGAGGGCGAGAUGGAGGAGUACAUCGACUACGUGUUCCCCGUGGACGAGCAGCAGCCGGCGGACAUCUCCAACUUCUUGGCUAUGGCACAGGCAUGGAAACAGCAAUAA